UCAUUUGGCAUUUCACGAGAUUUGACGAGACUAAUCCGUUGAGAACAUAUACUAGUCUGCUUACCUCGUACUCACUUGCGUUGUGGCUACUCCGCUUACCUUCCGCGUCGAGCUUCGACAUAGUUGCUGUCAUUGUAACUCAGCCGCGGAAGUACUCGGAAGCCUAUGUCGGUGGCUGAAAGCAAUGCAUCUGUACAGCCUAAGGACACGAUGAGACCGACUUGCUCCACACAGAGACACUACAGGCGGCGCACGUCGCAAAGACGGCAUAUCAGCUUCGUUGUAAACUUGCCACCACGCAUGAUGCAUCCCGACCGUCCAUCUGCCUCGCGAUCGCGACUACACGGCCUGCGCUUCGUCCUCGUCCCCGCUCCAGUCUGCAUCCUCCUCCUCUCUCUCCUUCUGCAUCAUCCGCUUCUCGCCUCCACCAGCGCUUCCCCCGAUCCCCCCCAUCUUGCCCGCGGAGCCCCUAUCGUCCGCCCGCCCUGGACAACCGCCACCCAAACCGCCAGUCACCCACCACAGGAAGCAGUUCAAAUACAGUCCCACGAUGCAUCCGUCUCUUCUGCUUCCUCCACUAUUGCUGCCACUGGUCAAGUCUCUACAACCGUACCAGCAGCGAAAGCUGCCAUUCCCGCCGCGAAUGCCGCAGUAGAUGUGGCCACGGUUCCUAGUCGCGAGGGCGGCUCGUUGAGUGCGACUGACUCCUCUCAAGCGUCCCUUCCCCAGUUGCCGCCGCAGACCAGCGCGGCGCCGUGGUUACUGCCUCCGCGCGCCGCAGAUGCGCACACUGGUGGGAGCGCUGAGACGUCCGCGCAGGGUGGGGAAGGAAAGGCGAGGGAGAGCGUGCCGAUGGUGCCUGUGGUGUCGGCGAGCGAGCGAUGGGUGCGCAACACGCUGAUCGCCGUGCGACAGUACCUCACUCUGCCCGACGGAAAGAAAUGGCCGCCCUUUGAGCCGAACGCCAAGGUGGCGGCGGCGUCCGUGCUGAGCGUGGUGGGCGCGGCGCUGGCGAAUGCGGGCGGCGUGGGCGGCGGCGGGCUGUUCGUACCGCUGUUCAACCUGCUGCUGGGCUACGACGCCAAGACCUCCACCGCGCUCUCGAAAUCAAUGAUCAUGGGCGGCGCCAUAGCGAGUGCGUGUUUCAACGCGGGUCUGCGGCACCCCACCAGCACGAACCGCCCUCUCAUUGACUUCUCGAUCGCGCGGCUGAUGCAGCCGAUGCUGCUGCUGGGCAUCAGCAUCGGCGUGCUGUGCAACGUCGUCUUCCCGCCGUGGCUCAUCACCGUCAUGCUCUGCGUCCUCCUCUCCUUCAUGACGUACAAGACACUGGGCAAGGGCAUCGCCACGUGGAGAAAGGAGUCCAGAAUCAAUCCGGCGCUCUCUCGCUCGUCGUCUGUCUCCUCCCAUGCCUCCCGCCGGCCAACCACUCCUGGCUACCAACCUCCCUGCAGCCCCUACCGAGGCCAGCACACGGCAGCAGCAGGAGGAGGGGGCGGGCGCGGCUGGGGAGGGCAAUCCCGAGGAGGGGGUGGCAGAGACAACUCCUCCCCGUUCUCCCCUCUCCCCAACGGCCACUCCCACUCGCCUCUCCUCAAAGCCCCUCCGCACCGCCACUCCCCCGCGCUCAAGCCCACCGUGUCUCUCGACUCCGCCUUCGCCUGCCGCUCCCUGUCCGCUGUGCCUCCGGCGUCCGCAUUACUCUCGCACGCGUCGCUGCACUCGUACACCAGCCUGGACUCAGAGACCUCAGUGACCGUGCAUGACCUGGUGGACCCCACCAGCCUGCCCGCACCAGUGGACGAGGAGCGCCAGGAGGCGCCUGGGGCGGGGGGCAAGGGGUGCUAUACCUGUGGGGGGGAGGGGGGGGAAGGCGGUGCAGUAGGCGAGGGUGGUGCUUGUGAUGCUGCUGCAGAUGCGGCGGAAGAUGGGAGGGCGGGUGCUGGCUGUGCUGCGGACUGUGGGGAUGGUGAUGCUGCUGCUGCUGCCCCCGCUGCUGAUGGUGCUGCUGGGGAUGGUGAUGAUGAUUUGCGGAAGCCACUGCUGGGUCGGUUGAGGGGCACCAGGGCAGACGUGGAUGAGGAGAGGCUUGCUGGCGCUGCUGCCACUCUGCGCUCCCAGUGCCAAGCAGCUGCAGCAGCCCCACCAGCAGCACCGCGGCGGUCACUGAUGUCAGGAGCUGACGCGGUGGCGGUGGCGGAGAUGGUGGCAGUGUGGGCCUUCUUCCUCGCCGUGCAGGUCGUCAAGUCAUCCACGGCUGACUGCAGCACCGAGUACUGGCUCCUCACUGCCGCUCAGGUGCCCGUGGCCGUCUUCGCCACGCUGCUCACGGGGUGGCGGGCGCGCGGCCGCAAGCUGUGGUGGGAGCCAGUGGACACCUCCCGCGCAUACCUGCGCCUCUCCGCGCCCUCCACCCCCACGGCCACCCACGCCGCGCGCACCCCCAACCACGCCAACACCGCCGCUGCUGCCCUAUCCAUGCCGAUGUCGCCUGUCCCCCCCGGCACCCCGCGCAACGUGCCUCCGCGCUACGACUUUGCUCGUGAGAUCACGUACCCACUGGCAGCGCUUCUGGCGGGGUGCAUGGGCGGGCUGCUGGGCAUCGGCGGCGGCAUGGUGAUGGGGCCCGUGCUGCUGGAACUCAACAUCCCGCCACAGGUGACGUCAGCGACGUCCACGUUCAUCGUAGUGUUCUCCUCAUCGCUCUCAGUGGUGGAGUUCUACCUGCUGGGGCGCAUCCCCAUCAAGGUCGCCUCCUACUUCUGCCUGCUCGCCAUGGUGGCCGCCGUGUCGGGCCUCUCCAUAGUGCGCUCCAUCGUGAUCCGCUCGGGCAAGGCGUCCAUCAUCAUCUUUGCGCUCGCGUCCGUCAUCGGCAGCAGCGCCAUAGUGCUGGGCGCCAUAGGCGGGCUGCAUGUGCUCAACGACUGGAAGCACGGCGAGGCCAUGGGCUUCCGCCCGCUCUGCAACCAGGUCUGGUGAUCAUUCCCGUGCCUGUAGCGGCCCCGUGCCAUACGUGAAGGGGCACAUACCCGUUUGUCAGCCGUAACUUCGCAUCUCAGCUUGGUGUCUCACUCCGCUCCUCAUGCUGGCACAAUCGUUUUGAGACAGCCCCAACAGCCGCAAUCCAGGUGCCUCUACCUGCUGCUGCUAGACAGCAGCACCAACACUGCAGUAUGCUGUGCCGAGCUGCAUGUUUCGCGAGAGUCAACCAUACGUGACAUCAUCUUCUCGUAGUGUAGAAGGCUGUAACAGUCAGCUGAUGUGCCUUCAUCUCACACUGCCAUUGCAACUUGGUGCUUUAUGUUAGCCCGACAAUUACAGGGUACUAUUCACCUGCUAGGCCAGCAGUUAUAUGGUAAUUAUCAUACUGGUAAAUGUGUUAU